UAUGAAGGCAUUUGGGAGCGGUCAUUCGCUAUGUAGAGGCCUGCUCUUUCCGCUCCUCAGCACGCUGCAGGCCUGUUACGUUGGUCGGUGACAUGUACUCCACUGUCUCGACUGGCCGGUGAAUGUUCUGACGAUCCCAGGUUCAGUCAUAUUGAUCUCUUUCCGUACAGCCGUCACCGGCGGGCCCCGGACGUUUGACAGCCAAUAGUGACCACUCCCAGGUCAUUUUGACAUACCGAGUGUAAUCCUACGCGACUCUCUCGGUCUAGCGUUCCAAUCCACAUCAAACCCCGGGUACAGGCAGCCAGAGUAUGUGCGCCCACCACUCGCUCCAUGUCGGGGAUUGCUAGUCGGCGUAGUCCCCUCAGCAUUCCCCGCCCCCCUGGCGGCGUAUACACCGCUUGCUCCUCGGCUUUUGCAUUCCCUCGAGGUAACAGCUGGGAAACCUCCAUGGCAGUGCGGGGAACGACAGACGUUAUUGAUCCGGGUCUCCGUCGCACCUCCAGCGACCGCAUGCUGGGCAUCGCAGCUUGCCUCCGUCGGCCUCGGCCACUCGAAACAAUGGCGAUGCGUCCGUUGAGAUGGGAAUACACGCGGUCGCCCGCUGCGCGCGCGAAUAUGACGACGCACGCCCGGAAAGGCAGUGCCGGCGGCAGGAGAUCAUGGUGUUGAGGCUUGUUGAGGAUCUCCUUAGUGAUCGGUCCCUGGCGGGCGUUUGCCUCCGCUCCGUGCCCCCCAAGUUCUUCCGCCGCGCAGGCCUGCUGAGCCUGUACGACUCUCCAGCACCGACGCGAGGCAAGGAGUCGUCGUGGGGCGCGCGCAAGGUCAGGCGCUGUGCUGCAUUGCGACAGGGUCGCCCAUCACACAGGUACCGGAGGAAGCGGUGCGUCGGGAGCGAUCAGAUCACCGGCAGGCGCUGCAUUUGCCCCUGCCAUUUUUCGCGGGACGUAACCUACAGCCCCCGCAUCCUCAAGCCUCAGGGGACACCCGCGCUGCUCAGCGCUCAGGCCUUGGGAUCCAGUCGAAACGGUUCUUCCGACGACACAGCGUCUCUUGACCGACAACACCCUAACAGAAAACCUCGCUCCGAGCUUCGAGCGAUCGUUAUGCAGCCGACACACGAUCAGCCGACGCGCUCAAGUGCCAGGAACACCCCGUCAGCUGAGCGCACACGCGCUGGGCAUGCCCCCUUGACCAUACCAUACGUCGAGUAGUACCACAGAUCAUCGUGCGGUCGUGUACCACUACAUGGGCCCGGCUAGCCUUCUAUAAAUGAUAAAUGGCACUAUAUCCGGCACAUGCGCGAGAUCUCGUUAUUCCCAUAUGAGACGCUCCCAGGUGUACCGCGCACUCCCGCCCCCGCAUGAGGACACCCAACGCUCGCAUCUCGCCAGGCAAUCUUUACCCCGCAAUGCAUGCGCGCACGGGAUCGCCCCGCAGCAUGCCCAACGCAUGGCUUUCAUAUCGAUAGCACGCACGUCGUCCGCGGGCGCAGCGCGCGCAGCCCCCCGUCACACACUCGCUAUGUCAUCGGGGGCGCUCUGCCGCUAAGUGCGAGAAUUGGGUUCGCUCUUGCCGUGGAGAAAGAAGCUGCGAAGCGACGACGGCUGGCUUCGGCCGCGAGCGCGGAGUGGAAGGGGUCCGGGCCAGCAGCGCCGCAGGAACCAGCUGGAAAAAGCCGGGCUUGAUGAUGAUGUAGCAGCUGCAGAAAAGGGAGGGGGGGGGAUGUACAGAGCUUACAAUAUCCGCCGCCGCAGGGCGUGCCGCGUACAGUACCCUCGUUCGAACGCUUCGUCCAGUCGCAGGGCACCAUCGCAACGGACCCGCCCGCAGGUCAUGGGUUUGCACGGGCCUCUUGCCGUC